AUGGGUGACGUCGCUGUCGAAAACCCAGCAAACCAAGUGGCACCUCACAAGAGGGCCGCACACUCAGCCAUUCCCACCAUUGAUAACUUCGAGGGUGUAUCAAACGAUGGAGGAGACGACUACGCGAACCUCAAGAAGCUCCAGAGGCAACUAGAGUACAUCCAGCUGCAAGAAGAGUAUAUCAAGGAUGAGCAAAGGAGUUUGAAGCGUGAGCUUGUACGAGCUCAAGAAGAGAUCAAGCGGAUUCAGAGCGUGCCAUUAGUUAUAGGACAGUUUAUGGAGGCUAUUGACCAAAACAUCCCAAGUACUGGAAUCGUGCAGUCUAGCACAGGAUCCAACUAUGUUGUCAGAAUCCUCUCUACCCUCGACCGGGAGAAGCUCAAGGCUUCCUCCUCGGUUGCCCUCCAUCGACACUCCAACGCCCUUGUCGAUAUUCUUCCCCCCGAGGCCGACUCCUCCAUUGCUAUGCUUGGCGCCGACGAGAAGCCCGAUGUGACAUACGCCGAUGUCGGUGGUCUGGACAUGCAGAAGCAGGAGAUUCGCGAAGCUGUCGAGCUCCCCUUGACACACUUUGACCUCUACAAGCAGAUCGGUAUCGACCCCCCUCGAGGUGUUCUGCUCUACGGCCCUCCUGGUACCGGCAAGACUAUGUUGGUCAAGGCCGUUGCCAACUCGACCACCGCCAACUUCAUCCGUGUUGUCGGUUCUGAGUUCGUUCAGAAGUAUCUCGGUGAGGGUCCCCGAAUGGUCCGUGAUGUCUUCCGCAUGGCUCGCGAGAACUCUCCCGCCAUUAUCUUCAUCGAUGAAAUCGACGCCAUUGCCACCAAGCGAUUCGACGCCCAGACCGGUGCCGAUCGAGAAGUCCAGCGUAUUCUCCUCGAACUUCUCAACCAGAUGGAUGGUUUCGAUCAGACCGCUAACGUCAAGGUCAUCAUGGCCACCAACCGAGCCGAUACUCUUGACCCUGCUCUUCUCCGACCUGGACGUCUCGACCGAAAGAUCGAAUUCCCCUCUCUGCGAGAUCGCCGUGAACGACGUCUCAUCUUCUCCACCAUCGCCGGCAAGAUGAGUCUGGCUCCCGAAGUCGAUCUCGACUCCCUCAUUGUCCGAAACGACCCUCUGUCCGGUGCUGUCAUCGCUGCGAUCAUGCAGGAGGCUGGUCUCCGUGCUGUCCGUAAGAACCGUUACAACAUCAUUCAGAGUGAUCUUGAGGACGCCUACUCAAGCCAGGUCAAGGGUACCGGCGAAGAGAACAAGUUCGAUUUCUACAAAUAG